GGCAAUUUCUUUGCCUGUAGGCGUCUUCGUGGUCACUGCCCACUCUACUCUUCCUUCUCGCAGGCCAAAUUCAUGUCUUCCCUCGCUCUUUUCCACGGCCCAUUCUCCUACCACCGCGCUCCUCCCUCGUCACCGACCGGCACCUCUCCACGGCCGACGCGACUCGCGGCGCAUUCUUCUCCUUCCCACCCCAAUUCGCGCCCCCUCCCUGACGCGCAAGCCGAUGAGCUCCGCUCCCACGCAGCGGCGCUGCAGGACUGCGCCGUCCGCCGAGCGCUCCGCUGCGGACAGGAGCUCCACGCGCGGCUGCUCCGCUCCGCGAGGCAGCCGGACACGUUUCUCCUCGACUCGCUCCUGAACAUGUACUGCAAGUGCGGCCGCCUGGCGGACGCACGAAGGGUGUUCGACGGAAUGCCACACAGGGACGUCGUCGCCUGGACCGCCCUCUUAUCCGCCUACACCGCCGCGGGAGAUGCCGAGGAGGCUCUGGACCUCUUUUAUCAGAUGAACCAAGAAGGCCUUGUGCCUAACGGGUUCACGCUCGCUUCGGUGCUCAAGGCCUGCUCGGUGAUGAGCUCACACUCCGAGUUUACGCGUCAGGUGCAUGGUCAGGUGGUUAAGUUGCAAGGUCUGGAUGACCCCUACGUUGGUUCGUCCCUUGUUCAAGCUUACACGAGCCGUGGGGAAGUGGACGCUGCUGAGACAGUGCUGCUGGGCUUGCCUGAACGAAGCGACGUGUCAUGGAAUGCUCUGCUCACUGAGUAUGCUCGGCAGGGCGACUACAGAAAGGCCAUGCGUGUUUUCCAUAAGUUGUCGGAAUUUGGUGAUGAGAUAAGAAAGUAUACUUUGCCUACUCUUCUGAAGUGUUGUGUGGAACUCGGUCUUGCAAAAUCUGGCCAGGCUCUUCAUGCUUUGGUGGUCAAGAGAGGGCUGGAAACCGAUAACGUGCUCAACAAUUGCCUUGUUGAGAUGUACUCGAGAUGUCUAUCUGCUGAAGAGGCCUAUCAAGUCUUUAUCAGGAUAGAUGAACCUGAUGUGGUGCAUUGCAGUGCCAUGAUCUCUUCUUUCGGUCGACAUGGUAUGGCCUGGGAAGCAUUUGAUCUUUUCGUAAAGAUGUCAGACAUGGGAGUCAACCCAAACCAAUAUACAUUCGUGGGCAUUGCUGGUGUUGCAUCAAAGACUGGUGAUGCAAACCUUUGUCGCUGUGUUCAUGCGUAUGUUGUGAAAAGUGGGCUGGCUGUGCCAAAAUUAGUGGCUGAUGCCAUUCUAAAUAUGUAUGUGAAAGUUGGUGCUGCUCAAGAUGCAACACUUGCUUUUCAUCUUAUGCAUGAGCCUGACACAUUUUCAUGGAACACAUUUCUCUCCGGAUUUUAUAGUGGAAGCAACUGUGAGCAGGGUUUGAGGAUUUUCAAGCAGAUGAAGUGCGAAGGCUUUUCAGCCAACAAAUAUACUUAUGUAGGUGUUUUGAGAUGCUGCACUAGCUUGAUGAACCUGAUGUAUGGCACUCAGGUUCAUGCAUGUGUUCUGAAAAGUGGGUUGCAAAGCGAUAAUGAUGUUUCAAGAAUGCUACUUGACAUGUAUGCGCAAUCUGGCUGCUUUACAAGUGCGUGCCUGGUAUUUGAUCGACUGGAAGAAAGAGAUGCUUUCUCGUGGACAGUGAUUAUGUCAGGAUAUGCUAAAACGGAUGAAGCUGAGAAGGUGAUGGAAUGUUUCCGUUCAAUGUUGCAAGAAAACAAAAGGCCUAAUGAUGCCACACUAGCAGUUUCAUUGAGUGUUUCCUCUGAUAUGGCAUCCUUAGGCAGUGGGCUCCAACUUCAUUCAUGGGCCAUCAAGUCUGGCUGGAACAGCUCAGUUGUUUCUGGUGCUCUAGUGGACAUGUAUGUGAAGUGCGGGAACAUAACGGAUGCUGAGAUGCUAUUCUAUGAGUCAGAAACAUGUGAUCAAGUUGCAUGGAACACACUCAUCUGUGGUUAUUCUCAACAUGGUCAUGGGUACAAGGCACUGGACACGUUCAGACGGAUGGUAGAUGAUGGGAAAAGGCCUGAUGAUAUCACAUUUGUAGGUGUUCUCUCAGCGUGUAGCCAUGCAGGAUUACUUGACGAGGGAAGGAAGUACUUUCAAUUGCUGAGUAGUGUCUAUGGAAUUACCCCCACGAUGGAGCACUAUGCUUGCAUGAUUGAUAUUCUGUCCAAGGCUGGAAGACUAGCUGAGGCUGAAUCUCUUAUCUAUCAGAUGCCAUUGAUCCCAGAUUCAUCCAUAUGGAGGACGAUUUUGGGAGCUUGCAGGAUACAUGGAAAUAUAGAGAUUGCCGAGAGAGCAGCAGAAAGAUUGUUUGAGUUAGAUCCACAGGAUGUUUCUUCUUCUGUAUUGUUAUCAAACAUUUAUGCAGAUUUAGGAAGGUGGAGUGAUGUUACAAGACUUAGGAAUAUGCUACUAGAUCAUGGAGUAAAAAAAGAACCAGGGUGUAGCUGGAUUGAAGUCAAUGGCCAGAUUCAUGUAUUCCUGUCGCAAGAUGGAUGUCCAAAAUAUUAAGAAUGUGUUACAACGUGCA